GCAGUUUUGUUAAGUAGGCAAUGCAGCUUCUUAACUUCUACGACAGCAAAUUAGAAUGCACGAGGUUUUGAAUUCUUUACAAAAGUAGGGGCAACUGCAUUUUUCCAGUACGCAUGAUUUUGUAUCCUUUCAGAAAGCAGGAAGCAGCACGCUGUUAAUCGCAGUCAGACAGAUAACAGCAUUUCCUGGGAAGGUCAAUUCAACGGCAUUGUUUACAAAGGUGUUUUGAUUGUGUCUUUCGGUGGCUACAAAUUCAUUCAAACGAAUGUCAGUGACUUUGGCCCGUGAUCUUGGAUUACCGAUGGACCAACAGCACAAAUCCCAUGCUUGGAUGUGAUUCCACCACUGUGAGCCUGAUGUACAGAGGAGGAAGGACCGGUUCUGAUGGCAGACCAUCUUCCCUCAGGGCUACUGGAAGCGUGUGUUGUUGUCGGAGCCUCUGGGGAUAAACUCAAGGAUGUCUACCAGUCUCUACAGCAGGGCAACAGCACAACAGACCUCCUUAUUUUAGACCCAGAGGUCUUGCAAGUCCACGUACCUCCGUUUGUGACCAAAGAGAAUGCAGAUGAGUCUGGUGUCCCCAGAACCUUCAGUCGAGUCCAGUGCAGACGGUCCUUCAUCAAGAAGAAGGAGAGGCUAGUGGUGGCUCCUAGUGGCCCUGGAGGGGCUGGGAGCAGUGAGGGGGCCACUGUCACUGAGGAUGUCAGCGUCCCCAAGGACAUUGACCUCAUGGCCCUGCCCCAACUCUGCUUUCCAGGGGGGCUUCAAGUAACAAAUGAACCAAAAGAAGAGCGUUUUCACUUUCUAGUCUUCACGGAUGUGUUCGGUAACCAAACCCAUGGAGUGGUUGUUCAGUGUUGUAGACCAUUUCAGGAAGGGUCAGUGUUCUAUCAGAAUGGACACUGGUCGUCCACCAGGACCACUAAGCUCUACACUGCUUUUGCCAUCUGUGUCAUAUCCAAGCAUCCUUACUACAAUGCUCUGAAGGACUGUCUGUCUUGCUUGCUGGUGCAGCUUAGAACAUGCAGGUUGUCUGAAGAGAGGGUGAAGGAAUUUGCAGCCAAACUGUCUCUAGUACCCAUUCCACCCCCUGGACAACUACAUGUGGUGUUCAACCUGAGACCCCUGAUGAUCAUACUGCCUUCCAGAGAGGAUAAGGAACACCCCGCUGUAGACCUGGACCUCCAUUUGCCCUUCCUGUGCUUUAGAUCCAAACAGAUUUUACAGAUCAUCACUGGUAUUCUGAUGGAGCAGAGGGUAGUGUUCUUCUCAGCUGACUGGGCCCGCCUCACCCUGGUGGCAGAGUGUUUCAUGUUCUACAUCCACCCCCUCCACUGGCAGCAUCCCUACGUGCCCAUUCUCUCAGCCCAGAUGCUGGACUUCGUCAUGGCCCCCACCGCCUUCCUCAUGGGCUGCCACCUCAACCACUUUGAGGAGGUCGCUGCGGAAACAGACGACCUGAUCUUGAUUAAUAUUGAUGAUGGAACAGUGUCUUCUUCCUGCUCAGAGACUGUCGACCUACCAGACGUCCCCUUCAUUUCUGCAGAGUGUUUUACCAAGCGGAGGAAGGGCCUCCAGCUACAAUAUGAUCUAGAGGUGUGUCACCAAGGGGCCGGCACAGACGUUAAUGAGAUGCGCAUGCUGAGAAGACAAUGGCAGCAGAACCUGAACUGGGAAAUACAGAAGGUUACCUUGGAGCUCAUUGUCAACAUGUUCAGGGAUGUCAGUGGUCACCUGAACUAUGAACACCGAGUGUUUAACAGUGAAGAGUUCCUGAAGACCAGAGAGCUAGCUGACCUUCCCUUUUACAGAAAGGUCUUGGAGACACACAUCUUUCAUUCAUUCCUGAAGGACCGCCUCAAUAGGAAGAUGGAUGCUUUCACACGCAUGGAAGUCAACACUCGCUCAGAGACACAGAAAAUGAAGGCGAUGACAGACAACCCCAGGAGGCCCACCAUGCAGGAAAUGGCCAGGAAGUAUAGCAGCAACCCAGAGAUCCGUCUGAACAAGAGGCUGGGGAUGAGCCUCCCCAACCUGGGAGAGGAGCGCCAUCUCAACCUCCUCAGACAAACCUCCCUCAAGAAGACCAUUAUCCCUGAAAGUGCCUUCAAGAUCCCGCCCAAGCCUGUGAAGAUCUUCAAGCUGCCAGAAUGUCCUCCUCCCAUGGUGCACCACCAUGUCCAGAACUACUAUGGAGAGUUGAUCAUACUACUGGGGAAGGCCAUCUCCUGUGUUCCUCCUGAGGACUCCACCCUCCUGGCCAGGUACUUCUACCUGCGCGGCUUCAUGAACACGCUGUGUUCCAAGCGUCUUGACGCCCUCAGCGACUUCCAGAACCUCUACAAGACGGACAUCGAGAUCUUCCCCACCGACCUGGUAAAGGCGCUAGUGGACUCGCUGCAGAAGGACGAGUUCUCCCAGGUGGACCGGCGGCCAGAGCUCAAGCGGCUCAUCUUCAAGGUGAAGACAGACAACGAGAUGGUGCUGGUCCAAGCUGACGACCAUGUGAAGAAGUUCCAGCUCCCUAAGACCCACAUGCUGCAGGAGGACUUUGUGAAGCGCAUCCAGGAGUCUGGGAUUGUGAAAGAUGUCGCCACCAUCCAUAGGCUGUUUGAGGCCCUCACUGUGGGGCAACAGAAGCAGAUUGACCCAGAGGUGUUCCGUGUGUUCUACACCUUCUGGAAGGAGACGGAGGUGGAGGCCCAGGAUGUUCACCUGCCAGCUGAGGUCAUGGAGCACCUGGACAACAACGAGUGUGUCUACAAGCUGUCCUGCUCCGUCAAAACCAACCAGGGAGUGGGUAAGAUCGCCAUGACACAGAAGAGGCUCUUCCUGCUCACUGACGGGAGGCCUGGGUUUAUCGAGAUCACCAAGUUCAGAGACAUAAAGGAGGUGAAAAUCUCCUUUGCUCCUUUCCUGCUGCUGAGGAUCCCGUCUCUGAAGAUCAAGUGCAGUCUGAGGAAGGAGGUGUUUGAGGCCAACCUGAAGUCUGCGUGUGACCUGUGGAAUCUCAUGGUCAGAGAGAUGUGGGCUGGGAGGACGAUGGCAGACGACCACAAGGAUCCUCAGUACAUGCAGCAGGCUUUGACUAACGUCUUGCUCAUGGAUGCUGUGGUUGGCUGCCUUCAGACCCAGAAGGCCAUAUUUGCCGCCUCCAAACUGGCAUACUUUGACAGAGUGAAACAUGAAGUUCCUGUGAUGGUUCCAAAGACAACAUUGGAGACGUUGAAACACAAGAUCAAUCCAUCACUAGACCUCCCAGCCCCACAGACUGUGCAUGUCUUACUCUACACACCAGGCCAGUUGAGUUACUCGGAGGCAGACGGAGAUGGGAACCCCAAGCUGUGGUGUGCCCUCAGUGGUGGGAGGGUGGUUGUGUUUGAUGCAGCCAGCUGGUCCAUGCAGCAGAACUGUGUUCAAGUGGGAUCCUCCCAACUGAACUGCAUGCUGGGAUUGGACCAGGAUCAAGUAUGGAUUGGCUCCCAGGAUUCCAUCAUUUACAUAAUUGACACAUGUCUGUGCAUGUCCUGCUCUGUUUGGACCACAAUCAGGCUUCUACAUGGUGCUUGUUUUAAUCCAACUGUCCCUCUCCUCCCCCCCAGACAGACAUACUCCUGUAGUGCCGAUGGAACAGUCAUUCUGUGGGACCUCUCAACACUAAAAGUGAAAAAGCAGUUUCAACUGACCUGUGAUAGGCUUAUGUCCAUUCAGCUCUUCAAUGGAACACUGUGGUGCUGUGCCAGAGACUGCAUCGUUGAACUGAGGAAGAACGGAACCCCACAUCGUAAGAUGACACUUCCUGAGGAUCUACGGAGCAUGUCCACUGAGUUCAGCAGCCUCAUCCUCUUCUUAGAGAGGGGCCAGUUGUGGACGAGCUGUUCUGAUUCUGACGAGCUCUGUCUCUGGCACUGUAAAGACCUGACCAAGCCUUUCCUGAGGGUGCGGCUACAGAAUUGUACAGGGGUCAACUGUAUGAUCAAGGUUAAGAAUCAGAUCUGGGUUGGCUGCAGCGGGCCGAGCCCUGACCAGUGCAGGAUGAGUGGGAAGAUCUACAUAGUGGACACAGAGAGCCACAGUGUAGAGAAGGAGCUGAUGGCCCACACAGACAGUGUCCAGGCACUGUGCUCUGCAGAGGGCCGCUAUGUACUCAGUGGCUCCGCCUGCCAGGAUGGCAAAAUCGCCAUUUGGAAGGUUGAGUAGAGGACGAGUAGCCUGGUCCAGUAUCUGUUUGUGUGGGUUUGCCAACUCUUUUAAGUGAAUAAAAUGUUUGGCACAACAAUGACAGGAGUUUCCUAAACAGCAGAAAUAGAUGUGGGACCAGGUUAGAGGAAGAGCCCUGCAGACCCCGAGGAGUCCUACAGGUCUGAAGAGACUAUAGCCCCCUCAAACUCAACUCUGGACCUGGAAGCCAGUUCCACUGCUUUGUUUCAUUGUUCCCCUCUAAUCAGGGACUGAUUUAGACUUGGGACACCAGGUGGGUGAUUCCCCUCUAAUCAGGGAAUG